AUGGUCGGUUUCGACGAAGAAAUGCUGGAAUCUUGGGGUCCGGCAGUUUGGGGAGUCAUCUUCGACCGAUUGCAAAGUGGGAAUGUCAAAGGUGGUGUGCUUCAGGUUGCCUGGCCAAGUAAAGUCGACAAGAAAACAGCAGCCCAGCAAAUCCAAUGGGCCACCAAGUUGCCUCUAGCCCAGCUUCCUCAGAAGGCACUCGAGAUUAUAUUUGAUAGAAUGGUUGGUUUCUCAUUGGGAGUUCGAUAUAUGGAGGAAAAGAAGAUCCACGCUAUACAUGGACUCGUAGGAAACAAUGGACCCCUCAAAGCGAGUGUGGAAAAAUGGCUCAGACGUGCUGGUACAGUCGAAAAAUGGAGGGAAUUGAUCCGAUCCUACACAAACUUUGAAGAUGCAAUGGGUCAUUUGUCGGAUUGCACCACGUUCCCAAGAGAAACGGACAACCAUCCAUUCAAGACUCACCCUGCAUACAAUGCGGCAAUACAAUGCUCCUCCUGCUUAGAAUUCCUGGUUAGUUUCGGGAUUGUCACGCCCAAUGGCUAUGACUUAUCAGGAAGAAGUUGGCUUGAGGCAGGAUUGAAUGGUCCCAAUAUGGAUUUGCUCACCUACAUUGUCAGCAAUGCGGAUCCUCAACAUCUGAUCAAACCCAGAGAUAUCAGAGAAACCCGCGAAAACCAUAUUCUUCUUUCACUUGUCGGUGUCGGCGCAUUUUCUCAAUUCGUGAUUGCCCUGAACAGGUUACGCCAGGCAAAACUUGUGCCGAUCGAAGAACUUCGCACAAUCUUCCACGAAGCAGCGAUGCACGAGUUCUGCGCUGUCGCACCCGUCCCCGUGGCGGAAGCACUCUACCAACACGGAAUCAACAUCGGCAACGUCGAGCACCAAUUCCACGAUCUCGGCGGACAGCUAGAAUCCUCCUGGCACAUCGCAGCAGCCUUUAACCCUGCCGGAGCCGACUUCAUGAAGUGGCUCGAUAAAUUCUCCAUGCUCAACGCAGAGGUCCGAAACUCAGAAAACAUGAAUCCACUGAUGUACGCCGCAUGCUUUGACGAGCUAGCCGCAAUUGACUGGCUGUGCCAGAAAUGCGAUCCCAUGCAGCCCAGAUUAGACGGAGGCCCACAGGGGUACGCGUUGAUCUGCGCAGCUCGAAGCUCGUACCUUCACAGCGGCGAGAUAUUCUCCAUCAUCCUCUCACACCUACCAGACGCGCUAUUUGAGAACGAAUACGGCAAGAUCUUCGGCACCGAGAUCGCCGAGGGACUAGCAUCGCACAAGCGCAAGCUCGCCGAUGGCCGAACCACCGACCCUACGCAGAAUGUGAUGGAGCUUCUCGCGGUGCGCAAGAUGCAAGCGCUCGUCCGCCGACUGUCUAAUUUCUGGCCCGGUAGUGAAUGGCACCUGGCACUGGAGGCGUUCAUCCGCGAUAACGAUUUAAGUAUCCUGAGACACAGUAUCGGAACAGGGACGCGGCUGCUUCGGAGCAGCUCGAGGGAUACCUCGCGCACCCGCCGUAGUGCACGCUACCCCCAAAGCCCUCAGUUACGCAGGAAUUCCGAACAAGAUGUGCUGCUGAUGUAUGAUGAUUCUGGCCUGGUGUCUGCUGCUCGCGCGGCCGCUAUUAGGAGGAAUAGGCCAAGUCAUGUUACUGCUCGCAGUGGGGGGAGACAGACCCUUGGUCCUAUCAGGGAUCCUAGUAAUAUGGUCACCAAGUCUGUGCGGAGGGGAGGAUCUAAUCGUCGAAGCUGA